UGAACGUGACGAGCCGACUCGGAGCCGAGCGAGGUUUCCUGGCGGAGCUGCGGAGGGAGCAGGAGUUGAGCGGGUUUGUCUGUCUGUCUGUCUGUUCGUGUGUCUAUCCGCCGCCGCAGUCGCUGUCUGCCUGGGAUAUAAAAACAAAACAAUACACCCCCGAAAACUCAUCUUUACGGCUUCAACGGUCUGGAGACGGCAUCCACGGCUAUGGACCCAUCGAUGUCCUCCUGUUAUCCACACUGAGCGACGUUACUCCGUCGGAUGCUCCAGUGCCCAGAGGAGAGGAGGAGGAGGAGGGGGUAUCCCUAUCAUUUUUCGACUGCCAGGCUGACUCACUACUGGACCGCCUGAAAACUGAAGAACUCUGAGAGAACAAGAGAGUGAAGGGAACACUGUAAAAGAGGGAGUGAGAAGAAAGGAAGGAAGGAGGGAGGGAAAGAGGGAGCAAGAAAAGUAAAGACGGUGAGGAACACUAGACGGGAAGAGAGGCAGCAGGAGAAAGUCAGGUUGGGUCAGAAGGGCAAGAGGAGGAAAGAGUAAGUGAUAGUGGACAAGAGAAGUAUAAAUAUUCAUCUAUUAGGCAGUGAGGGGAAGAAUUUCAAGUCUGAUGAGAAUAAGUCAAGCGGUCAGACGGACAGCUGACUGAGCUUCAGACAAACCCACUGUCCUGCUAACCCUCCAACAACUGUCCCUUCACGGUCACCAUACUGGGAGAGCUGGGAGAACUGGUCACGAGGAGAAGCCACCAUGAGCGACCAGAACGUCGUCAAGGAAGGCUGGGUCCAGAAAAGAGGAGAGUACAUCAAGAAUUGGCGACCACGCUACUUUCUGCUGAAGACAGACGGCUCUUUCAUCGGCUACAAAGACAAACCACAAGACUCUGACCUGGCCUACCCACUCAACAACUUCUCUGUAGCAAAAUGCCAGCUGAUGAAGACGGAGCGGCCAAAGCCAAACACCUUUAUCAUCCGCUGUCUGCAGUGGACGACAGUCAUCGAAAGAACUUUUCAUGUUGACACUCCUGAUGAGAGGGACGAGUGGGCUGAGGCCAUCCAGAUGGUAGCAGAGUCACUAGCCAAGCAGGAGGAGGAGGGCAUCUUGUGCAGCCCCACCUCCCAGAUUGAAAACGUCAAUGAGGAGGAGAUGGACACCUCCAUUAGCCACUACAAACGAAAGUCUCUGAAGUAUUCAUUCCAGACAAAGGAUCGGCUGUGCUUUGUAAUGGAGUAUGUCAACGGAGGAGAGCUAUUUUUCCACUUGUCAAGAGAGAGAGUUUUUUCAGAGGACCGCACCCGUUUCUAUGGCGCUGAGAUCGUCUCUGCUUUAGAUUAUUUGCAUUCUGCCAAGAUCGUGUACCGUGAUCUGAAGCUGGAGAACCUCAUGUUGGACAAAGAUGGCCACAUCAAGAUCACUGACUUUGGUCUCUGCAAAGAAGGCAUCACUGACACUGCCACUAUGAAAACCUUCUGUGGAACACCGGAGUACUUGGCUCCUGAGGUGCUAGAGGACAAUGAUUAUGGACGUGCAGUGGACUGGUGGGGUUUGGGCGUGGUGACAUAUGAGAUGAUGUGCGGACGCCUGCCCUUCUACAACCAGGACCACGAGAAGCUGUUUGAGCUCAUCCUCAUGGAAGAGAUAAAAUUCCCACGAACCCUGUCAGCUGACGCCAAGUCACUCCUGUCAGGGCUGCUCAUUAAGGACCCCAACAAACGGUUGGGCGGUGGACCGGAUGACGCUAAGGAGAUCAUGCGGCACAGUUUCUUUGGCACAAUCGACUGGCAGGACGUCUACGACAAGAAGUUGGUACCACCCUUCCAGCCUCAGGUCACCUCUGAGACAGACACGCGCUACUUCGAUGAAGAGUUCACAGCACAGACCAUCACCAUCACUCCACCGGAGAAAUACGAUGAGGACGGGAUGGAUGCAGCAGACAACGAGCGAAGGCCUCAUUUCCCACAGUUCUCCUACUCGGCCAGCGGCCGAGAGUGAGCUCCAGCCCAGCCAGGCAGUAUCGUCCCCAUUUGUGGCCAUUUUGAGGAAAACGCGUAGCCAUUUUAGGAAAAAAAAAACAAAACAAAAAAAAACACCAGUCUCCCCUCUUUUUCUUCUUCUCUGCCUCCUUGCAGAGGGGGAGAAGUCUUUUUAGGGACUUUAAAAGAGGUUUUUGCACAGUGGGAUAGACUCCAGCCGGUCUCCCCACACUAAAAAAUAAGUCUCCUACAUUUUCAGCGCUAUUUACUGCAGAAGGCAAUGUUUUUGUUAUUUUUUUUUCUUUCUGUCAGUAUUAAGUUGUCGACCCAGGUUGCGUUAAUAUUUUUGUUUGUUUGUUGUUUCUGCCCAUUUUUUUGUUCUUCUUUUAACUUUUUUGCACUUGGUUUGGAAGAGCCGUUUUAGGGAACAAAAAACCAAAAAUGUUGCCUUAUGUGUGCAGAUGUUUUGCAUCAUACCUACAGGGUGGUGUUUUUGUUGUUUUUGGGGAUUGGGAUUUUUCAUCAGGGGAGAGGGUGGGUGGGUUCUGGGAUGUGAAAGGUCAUAAAUAGUUGAGAAGAAGUGCAUGGCUCAUGGUUCACUCAUUAAAAGAAAAAAAGAAAAAGAAAAGAAAAAAAAAAACUCUUCCUCGUACAUUUGCCAUGGCAGCGCACAUUUCCCAAAUCCAUGGUGAUGAAAAUCACAGUGAGCCUACAGAUUACAAAAAACAAACAGAAAAGAGAAGUUGAAAGAUGAGAAUGGGUGAAUCUAUAUCAUUCCUUUCAUUCGUCGCAGUAACUUCCCUCUUCUUUUAUUUUAUUUUUGCGCUUUUUUGAAGUUACUUUGAAACAAGAAACACUAAACUGCCAGAAACUGCACAGUUCACUCAGGCGCCACAGAGCACAACCGCAUUCAAACUCAGCUUAACCGCUCCAGCUUUCCACAGCCGGCAGGGGAACGAGGCCUUUCUCUGCAGCAUCGCCGCUUCUUCUCCUCCUCAUCAUCCACCUCUCCUCUUUUUUUUCCUUCUUCUUCAUUGUAGCUGUAGGACUAGAAUGGAAUGGAUGUUUACACAGGGAAACAUGGCUUCAUGUAUGUAUGUACAGUUUGCGAUUGAAUGGGGGUCAAGAAUAUGCUGUCAUAGCACACAGAAACACACACACACUUACUCUCAGAUGUAGUAAAUCGCAGUGUUAUCUAUAAUGAUCAUAGUGAAGUCGGCAGUUUGCUCCAAACUGAGAUUUGAUGGUCUUUUCUUCUGUUUUUGCAAAACAUGGGGACACGAGAACGCUCCACAACUUGCAGAAGCCCCAAGCCUCAGGUCACGUCUACAUGCCAAGCAGUUUGCUUGCUGCGCGUUGCUUUGUAGUUGGUUCCUGUUCCUGCUUCUGGUUGCUUAUUUAACCCUCUAUUGCUACAGUCACACUAGUGAAAACAGUGGUUGGAGUCCAAAGCAUGAACAGAAUCACUGCAACUGUGUCACCUGCCAUCUUCAAAGCACUUUUGGUGCAUCAAGACUUUGACAAUAAGAUUGGAGUCAAGCAGUCAGUCUGCUGUAUCCGCUCAGUUUGCAAUUUAAUGGGGUCAGAUUUGUACUUGGAUACAAUGUUUUUGCACAAAUUAACUGUGUUAAAGAAACAGAUUUGAAUAAGAAGUUCGGUUGCCUUGGGAUGGCAAUUUUACUUUAAAAAUGACAUCAGCAGCUUUGCGCAUGCAACACAACCAGUUGCCAACCAGCUGAGACAAGUGUCCUGUUGCACAGAGACAGAAGAGUGGCUCCCUUUGGCAACAUGUUGUCAGUCUAUCUCUAAUUAUCCAGCGGUUAUGUGCAAGCCUUUGAAAUCUGCGUGAUUUCAGUCACUGAGUCAGACCACAGUUGUCUGACAGAUUGCCUCCCACCAGGCGACCUUUGGUACUGCCUUGCGAUCUAAAGAGGUCACUGCAGUUACUUGCAGUUAGUUACCAAAUACAAAAGUAUACACUGGACAACCACUUUUUAUUUUUUGUUAUUUUCCUUUUUGAAUUUCAAUUCGAUUUUAUUUAUAUAGCUCCAAAUCACAACAGCAGUCGCGUCAAGGCGCUUUAUAAGGUAUGAUUCAAUGCAGAGAGGUCUAUUAACACACAGUGAGUGAGAAAGGUGUCUGGAAAGGAAAAACUCAAUGCAUCAAGUCACAAGAAAGUUUUUGACCGUUCAGACUGAGCUUCGUGUAGUUCCGUCCCCAUCAUGUGUUACUUUGGUCACUGAACUGAUUCCUGCUGGCCUCUGCUUUUAUGGAGGCCCCUCCAAUAGCCUCCAAAUAGUGAGUCCUUAACACAAGUAACCUAGCUGUUAUAUCCAGAAACCAAAAUUGACAAUCUGGUAUCGCCUGUUCCAAUGUGUGUUCUGACAUGUAGCUGAAAAAGUGUUUUGUUCAUUGGAAACAGUAAGACGUGUGGAUAUUUUAUUGUUUCUUAGCUCAGCUGCUGUUGAAAGUGAUCAGAAAGCUGCCAAACUCAUUCAGACAGUAAGUUCGACAAAAAAAUUCUAUGGAUAAGAAGAUAGUAGUGCGUCCUUCUCUGAUGUGCUGUGCAGCUACAACUAAAGGCAGUAGUUGGGCAACUACAGCUUAAAGUGAUGAAUUUAUUACAGCAUUGGAUAGUCCGAGUAUGGCCUGGUCCCCUACAGGUGGAUGUUGCGAUGGUUACGAGUAGCUUGCCAGAGUCAGUGUGGGGAUUUUUGCGGCUUAAACCCACCAGCAGACGGUGUGUUUGGAGUGUAGUGAAAGUGAGGGGGCAUGUUGGUGUUACUGACACUGCAGCUGGAGUUUGCUCGUCUGGACUAGCUCGCAGGCUCGGCUCCCACACUGGCAGUAUUAGCAUAUGUUUAGUGAGUUCUGCCCAGAAGUGGCCUGACUGACGCAUCACACUUCCUACGAGAAGUGGAACUGACCGUGGAGAAUUGGGGAAAGCGAUCCAAUCAUCCCAAAUACCGUCAGCUAAACUGUCCUUGUGAAGCAGCCUUUUCACCCGUGAGCACACAUCAGAUCUGAUUUGCUGGAGAAUUCUGCCGACUUGAAAGUAUUUUGUACAUUUACAGAUGUUUGGAAAGAUUAAGAAGAAGAACUGAGGAUUGGUACGUCUUUGUGUGUUAAAGUAACGACGCAGGUAGAGAAGUACGACCGAGACAUAUCGAGUAGUGAGUAAAAAGUGAAGGGAAAGGGUUUUGCAGCUGUGCAAAACCUAAAAAGAAGAUUGCUGUAAAGAUUUUUUUUUUUUUUAAAGAAAAAAAAGAGAAACAUUGUUUUCAGUUUAAGAGGAGAAAUAUUGACUCAUAAACAGAUACAAAGACUGUUUUUACAUGACAAAUCUUAGUGAAGAAAAUGUAAUUUAUCACACAGAUGCUAAGCAGAAGUGAGGCUUCCAGCUCCAGACGCAGGGGUCCUGACCCAAUUAAUCUUGUCAGUAUUAUGAGAGAAAUGUAUUUACACACAGACAAAUAUUUAAAUUGAAGUAAGAGUAUCAAUAAUUUACUGAUCAUGUCAGAUCACAAGAAAACUGAGCCGUGAGACACUCGUGUAUGAAGACUGUGAGGACUGCGAGAAAAAAGUGGCCCCAAACUUCUUGAUGUAAAUAUGCAAUGCCUUUUUUUUUGUUCUUUUUGUCUUCACUUAUGAGGCAUAAACAUUUGUUUUCUGUGUGACUGUAUGUUAAGCUUGCUGAUGAGAAUAGUGACCGAAAAAUCCAAACCACCCGCGAACGAUUCAAAAACUGCUUUGAAGAAAAAAAACGUUUAAAAGGAAAAAAAAUAAACACGUGUCAAUGAAUGGACCCUUCCACUGUUUUUUGUUUGGGUUUUGUUUUUGUUUUUUUUUUCAGUUUUGCGUUUGUUUGGUUUUUUUGUGAUUCAUGAGGAUGUUUCCAUGGAGACGAACCCCAACCCGCCUUUCUUAUGUCACCAUGGUCCCUGAAAACGAUCGACUCCAGAAAUGCGAGGACAUCUGUAACAUGGAGUCUGCACUGUACUUCUGUUCCCUUCACCUUCUUAAAAAACUAUAAGAGGAGCCUUGGAGGACUGUCAUUUAUUUGUUUGUUUGUUUUUUUUUUCCUGUGUGUGUGCGUGUGUGUGUGCGGUGCUGGUUUCAUCAGGUUUCUUCAGUCCCAAUUCCUUCUCCUUCCCUCCUUUUUACACCAUAGUGUUUGUUUUAUUAAUGUUUGUCAUUCUAGACAGUGUUACCUUGUAUGUUGUUAAAAAGGCACCUCUUGAAAGUCGCUGAAGAAUGAUGGAUGCAUAACUGAUUUUUUUUUUUUUUUUUGUUCGUUUUUUCGAUCAUUUGCUUGUUUGUUUUCUUACCAAAACAUUAGGGCAAGAACCCAGUAGUGGACUUGCAUUGCCGUGGUAGUAUUUAUUUUGAAUUAAAUUAAAAGAAAUACAUUUCAGGG